AUGUGGGUCAAUAUUCGGACAUUAUCCUGUUCCAACAACAUGAAAAAUAAGAAGAUAGACGAAUAUCGCUUCGGAAAUGGAGUCGGCGUGGAUACCGCGCAUUCUGAAGCGCAACUAUUGCUGGCCACACCCGAUAAGGUCACCGAUUUCUACAAUAACUCCUCCUGCGCCCGCUGUGCCAAGCAGAAUUUCAUUACGAUUCUGGGCCAUUGUUCACAAAGCUGUAUUUGCUUUCUCCAAAUAUUAUUGCUCCUGGUUUGGUAUACCAUUCAGCAAUAUUGCCGAAUUGCCCUUUGGGCUCCUCAUGAAGUGGACAGAUUGAACAUCUCUGGAGGAAGUAGCAGCAAUGCAAAUGGCUCGUGCUGCCGGAAUGCCUGUUCCCAAGUUCCUGAACUGUGGAAAGCAUAUCGGGCGGGGAUCCAUCGAAUCGUUGUUUUCUCAAUUCUGAUGACAAGGCUGCCGGGCAUAAGUCUUAUCAACUCAGGGGAUCCAUUUGAUCCAGACAUUGAGGGCCCGUGGAUUCAUGAGCUGAAACUGUGCCUGGAUUCGAUGCGUCAAUGGCGCAUAUCACCCCCUUAUGACCAAAACUGUAUCUGUUCUGUGUUUGGAACUGCCAUUCGGAGGAGCACUCGAGUUCCAAACCACACCAUGGGCCCAUUCCCUAGCGAAAAGGAGUUCACACAAUAUCUUCUCUCAAUAGCUUCCGAUCACGGUUUUCAGUCAAGAGUUGAGUAUGAUGAAGUAUGGGUUCGUGCAGAGCGAAUCGAUCAACGGCCGCAUCGAGUUACCUUCAUUCAAGGAGAUUUUAGAGCACACAAUAUCCUAGUUGAUGAUGAUGGGCAUUUGUCAGGUUUCCUUGACUGGGGAGUCGUUUGUAUGUGGAUGGGAGAUGACCAAUUUCUUGAAGAAUUGGAUGCUGAUAUCGCGGUAAAUCUGUUGACUGUCGAUUUCAUAUAUAUGAAUUCAGGAAAGUAUUGCGGCAUCACGGACGAACCCAUCCUGUCAACAAAAACCCUUCCAGGGCCUGGCGUCGAGCAAGUAACAUAG